AUUACCUUUUCCUCAAAGCAGUCGAGAAAAAAAAAAAAACUAUUUCCGUAAUAAAAAAGGAGCUGCUGGUGACCUCACCGACUCCAAAAACUAGGGCUUAUAAAUACAAACAAGCAUCGGCUCAUAACUUCAUUCACUACCUUAACCAUUCAAUCAAAUUCUUUAAGAGAAACUCGCAACACACAACAAGCCAAGAUGUCAAAGAAGAUCAUGUUGAAGAGCUCUGACGGAGAAUCCUUCGAGGUGGAAGAAGAGGUUGCUCGUCAAUCACAGACUUUAGCAAAUCUCAUCGAAGACAAUUGCGCCGAUGGCGAGAUCCCGAUUGCGAACGUCACAAGCAAAAUCCUCGGCAUGGUGGUAGAAUACUGCAAGAAGCACGUCGUGGUGGUCGAUGGAGGUGAUGAUUCAUCUUCCUCCUCCACCUCCGAGGAGGAUCUCAAGAAGUGGGACGCUGACUUCAUGCCAAUCGAUCAGUCCACUAUGUUUGACCUGAUCUUGGCUGCGAAUUACUUAAACGUUGCAAGCCUGCUUGAUCUCGCUACCCAGACAGUUGCUGAUAUGAUCGCAGCAUGCAAGGAUGCUGCAGAGAUUCGCGCAAAGUUUGGCAUCGAGAAUGAUUUUACACCAGAGGAAGAAGAAGAGAUUGUCAAGGAGAACCAAUGGGCUUUUGAAUGAAACCCUAACUAGUUUGUUUGUUUUUAUUUUAUUUUUAUUAUAAGGAUAUAAACCAAUGGUGUUUUGCUAUGGAGACAAUCUUUAGUUAGAUAUUAAUAUAUGUUUUAGCAAUUUUA